AGCUAACAAAAGCAAACCACUGAAUUGGAUGUUUGGCGAUGGCGACAUCAGUGGGACUGGCAUCACAAGCGCUGGCAUCAAUUGGGCUAGCAGCGCCGGGGCUAGCGCCACAAGGGAAGACGGCAUCACAGGCUGCUGAAGAGAAGGUGGAAGAGGACUUUGCCGAAUUGAUGAAGCCCGACAUCAUCCCCAAGCUCUGGGGGAAAGUUGCCGCACAGGUCAUGGACGAUCCGUAUUCCAAGGAAACGGUUCAGGCGGCCGUCGUGCGGGAUGGGCGGGCACUGGCUCAUGCGGCCCCACCGCUGAAGCAAGACAAGGAGGUGGUUCUGAAGGCUGUGCAGGCCGAUGGAAGUGCUUUGAUGUUUGCUUCCGAGGAGCUACAGCGAGACAAGGAGGUGGUGCUGGCCGCUGUAUCCUGUGACGGGCAAGUGCUGAGCUUGGCCACGGCGCUCAUUGCUGACAAGGAAGUGGCCUUGGCUGCUGUGAAGCAAAGUGGCAAGGCCUUGCAACACUGCUCCGAGCAGUUGAGGAAUGAUGAGGAUGUGUGUCUGGCGGCAGUCCAGCAAAAUGGCCGUGCGCUGCGCUACGCCAGCGAGGGCCAACGUUUGAACCGCGUGGUGGUCGAUGCGGCCAUGGAGAACAACACAGAAGCAUUGCCCUAUACGACUGGCGAGCUUAAGCAGGAGUGGGAGGAGAUCUUGACCAAGCGAUGGAAGGAGCAGGGCUUCCAUUUGCAACGGCGGAAAGCCGGGCAAAUCCUAAGAGCGCAGACCUUGGCUGCCUAGGCGUAGCCAGAAACAUGCCUAAGGUGCUCGAGCCCAUGGCAAGUGACACAUUUGACCGUGACACGCAGCAGUUGAUCUCGGACUACAUCUAGGUGAGAGUAAACCAAGAGCCC